CUGAGUUCAUAACGCGGUUCCCUUCCGUACAAUUCAGUCGAAUCUCAAUCGGCUUCUACCGCAAAGAUGAAGAAGGAAGACACAGUGAAGCUGAUCAGCGCCGAGGGGUUUGAGUUCGUGAUCCAUAAAGACGCCGCCAUGGUCUCUCAGACCAUCCGCAACAUGCUCACUUCUCCAGGGGGUUUUGCUGAGACGGAGCACGGCGAGGUGACGUUCCCGGAGAUCAGCACCACCAUUCUUGAGAAGAUCUGCAAGUACUUUUACUGGAACCUUCAAUUUGCAAGCGGGAAGCAGACGGAGUUUCAUAUUGAACCUGAAUUGGUUCUGGAAUUGAUGAUGGCAGCCAAUUAUCUCCAUACAUAAUUGCAAGAUCUCUUUCUUGGGCGACCAAAUCAUAAUUAACAUUGGUUGCCCAAAAGGAUGUGCGAGGAUGAUUGUUACCCGAGAUUCUGAAAGGGCUUGAGAGCAUACGAAAUCUGCAUUGUUGUCAAGCUCUGGAAUCUGCAAAUGUAGUUAUAUAUAUAUGUGACACUAUUGUAGUCAAAUUCAUGCAGUUGUAACUUACAAGAUAUUGUAAUCUUACUUUCGAAAAACGGUAAUCUCAAUUAGAGAAACCCAAGUCGAAUAGUAUUUACAAGUUCUUUCUGUGUUUACAGUAUUCUCAGAGCUCAUGUAAGUUAUUUAUGCUUGUCGAUGAACGACAUAGCAAUCAACUUCCUCUCGAAUAACAACCCGUCAUCAUAUUCA